CUUCCUGCCGAAGAAGUGCGGGAUUUUCCACCAACGGACACAACCCUGCGGUUACUGGUUGGUACUGGAAUCACGUAUGGACGACGGUUCACCAGCAGGACGUCCACAGAGGCGACCGCCCAAAACUGUUUCUUUCGGCAACGUUACCAUCUAUGAGUUUCCACGGGUGCAAGGCUUUGCCUCCGUUCCCGCGGAGGGUGGAAUGACCCUUGGAAUGGACUUCACGCAUACAGAGGAAUACACUUGCAUUCUUGGGCGAUAUACUGACCAGCCAUGUCGAUCCCCUGGCGAAUUCAUGUCCAGUGAAACAUCCCUCUCGUAUUCUGGAAACACGACCCCACGUGUCUCUGCUGCAAUGGGAUGUAACGCUGGAACGCCACAGAAAGACACUGGUUUGGAUGAAGGAAGGAAUGGACGGCAGCAGUUGGAGCCCCUCCAAUGGCGUCGUCGCCGUCAGCUGCUUCGAGCCAAUGGCGUGCAAAACCUAGACUCGUCUGAGAGCAAAGCUUGCCGAGCCAUCAGGAAAUCGCGGGAAUGUUGCGGCUGCCACUGUUCUGAGCGGUGCACACCAAAGAGCUGUUCCUGCUCCCGGAACGGCAUACCAUGCCAGGUUGAGCGGGAUGGAUUUCCUUGCGCCUGCUCAGAACAGGCAUGUGAAAAUCCGUGUGGUCGCAGGCAGUACAAUCCUGACAUCAUGCGUGAACAUUACCGGCGCACAUUCAAGCGCCUAGAACUUGAGCAGGCUGCUGGAGACGCGUCAUGCUCUGGUCUCAGACUCGACGCGUGGAGCCAGGAUACCACGGUCGAAGACCCCGAGGUUUCUGCAGGAUGCACGUCCACGCGCUGUGGGCGUCUCCCACGCAGGCACCGACAGGGAGUACGUGGCGGCCGCUGCGCGAGCCUGCUGGACGGCCCAUCGCAGGCCUUGGAGUAGCGGGCUUCGUAUAUUGGGUCUUCUCGCACUUGUCCGAGACCUGCUUACUCAACUAGCACAACACUUCGAGCAGGCCUGCUCCCUCACGGAAGGCGAUACGACUGGGAGCUACUAGGUGGCGUUUUUUGUUUGCCUGUCCAGAACAGUUUCGUUAUGCCUGGUUAUGCUGUCGGCGCACAACGUCGAAGAAUUCCCGGAAUCCAGCUGAGCCACAGUGCCUCAGGCUCGCACACAUGGCAAUGUUUGUGCAACUACGUUUCCUUGCGUGCCUGUUAUUUCUCGAUUAUUAGCGUUUAAUUGUUGAAAUAGCUUUCGCUAGGCAAAUGACCAACAUAUUUGUUGCGAUACGACGGUCAUUGUGUUGCAAUCACUUCGCGUAGUUAAUCGGAAUAUGAUCUUCAGUUCGAUAGUAAUAUAAAGUGUUGUACACAUUUUAGUUUCGCGACAACUGAUUGCCUCAAGGGGCCGCCACCGAAGCAGGGUUUUGACAGUUGUCAUUGCCACACUGGCUGAUACACAAUGAACUGUCGCAUGCACAUCAGCAAAUCUUACUAAAUCGAGUUCAAGCACCUGGAACUCGCAGGCUACAAAAAAUACUGCAGCAGGGAGCCCGAUUAUUUUACAACCUGGUCUUCUAUUGGCACCCAGAGCGCAGUGCAUAAAUAUGUUUGCAUGCACUCCCAAUAGGAGCUUUCUUUAAGCUCGUUUGUAUUUUCAGAUGCAUACGCAAUGUUUCAUUCGGAUGCAUACACAGCGUUUCCUUACAAUGCAUACAUAACGUAUUUUUCAGUAGGGAGUGAGUCAUGAACGUUUGCAACUUCGAUGACUGAAGCUAAUUCGAGUACAAGGGGUUGGCUGCUCUAGAAAUGGGACAGGCCCCAUAUUAUUGCCGAAAUAUAUUUAGAAGAACACUGCCUGUAACAUUAGGCAUAAGAAUUGCUAGAUUUUUAGCUAAAGAAUUGUCCCUUAUUAGUGAUUGGAGUUAUCGUAUCCUACAUAAGCCACACGUCUUAGUGUCCAUUUUCUGAAUGUUUCAUUUUCAUAU